AUGGUGAAUGCAGUGGUCAUUGUGUCCCCUCGCCCGCAGCGGCAUCCGAGGGACUUUGCGGCCAUUCUCAAUUGGAAGGAGCCGGUCUCCGUAAAGGAAUUGACAAGUGGCGCCCUUCCGGGCGACUAUGCGUAUAUGGGGCAUGGUGGGUUGUACGAGCAGCGGGUUCGCGCGGGGUGCAGGGUCACAGCAAAACGGGUAGCGGACUACCACUAUGCCAAGGCGACCCUCAGCCAGUCGCUUGCAAACCAAGCACCCCCCUGGCCGCCCGCCUCGAAUGCAUUCGCGGCGAACGGACAGACCGUUCAAGAGGCCACACUCGGAAGCCAUGCCGGCGUGCUCGGGCCCAUGUCUCCGGCGAAAUCCUGCUCCGGCGGAGCACCCGCGGCCUCGCGCAAGCCGGUCCCGAACACCGAUAAACCUCUCCCCGCGAUCCCGCAGGGAGAAGCCCGCGCUCCGUGCGCCGCGGCGCGCAAAGACUCGCUGCUCGUUUCGGACAGCGAGGUGUCUACCUCAGGGUCCGAGUACUCCCAGGAGUCGGCGCAGGAGGAGGACGAGGCGGUCACGCCGCCCGUCGACCUCGGAGACCUCUCACUGGCGGAGCUUGGUCGCCAGUGGUACGAGACGUUUGGCAAGGAGGUCGGAGCGGGCCCUCUUCCCCCGCUCGUCCAGUCCCCGCUCCCGCAACUUGACUCACCUCUCGUUCCGCCGCUUCCCCCACGCGUCGCGUCCCCAAUCCCCUCGCGAGCCUCGACCCCACUCCUCCCGCGCGUCCUUCCGCGCGUCUCAACCCCGUACCCUCCGCGCGUCUUGCCCCCACUUCCGCCGCGCGGCCCAGCUCGGUAUCCUUCGCGUGUCCCGCCCGGUGCGUGGGCGACGGUUGGAGGGCCGGCGCCGAAUGUCACGUGGCUUCCGCAGGCUGCUGUACGGGGACAGCGUCGCGCGUCGCGUCCUGGCGACGUAGGAGAGAGGGUCCGCUACACCGGCGGGUAUAGGGCCAACCCGUGGGCCCUGCUUCCGGACGAGGAGCAUGCCGGCCCCAAGAUGCGUGAUACCGGCCUAGUGCACCUAUUCCAAUGA